CUGCCGCUGUCCUCCCAGAGCCCCGCCGCCGCCGCGAGGCCCCGCCCAGCGGAGGCCCCGCCCCCAGCCAGCAUGCAGCCGCAGGACCUCAGCGUGCAGUACAGCAGGUGGGAGGAAGUCAGCGUGGGGGCUGCGUCCGGCGCUGGCACGGAGGAGGCCUCCAGCUGGGAGGGGCUCUCCCCGAAGCUGUGCUCGCGCAAGCUGGGCGUCGCCAUGAAGGUGCUGGGAGGUGUGGCCCUCUUCUGGGUGGUCUUCAUCCUGGGCUACGUUGCCGGCUACUUCAUACACAAGUGCAAAUGAGCGCUGCCCACGGGCCCGCGGGGGCUCGGGCUGGAGGGGCGUGGGUGUCUGGGAGCCCCUUUGUACACCCUCCCCCUUAUACACAGCCCCUCCCCAGUCCCUGGGCCCAGGGGCACACCCAGCGUGCAGGACUCGCACGGGCACCUGUGUGCACACUGUCACAGGCCCCUCCUCGGGUGCCCGGCAGGGACACCUGUGUGUGAGGACACUCACCGGUAGCCAGCACAGGCACACCCAGCCUGGGGCACCCGAGGCCUGGGCCCUGGGACCGGCCUGAGCUGGGGCUGCAGGCCAGGGCCCCAGGGACUGGGUGGCUGAGGUCCCCCUUGGCGAGGGCCGGGGCGUGGCCCCCCCGGGGUGGGGUACUCCCUGGGUGGGCAUGGUGGGGAGCCGUGUCGCCCUGGGCAGGCUCCUGCCCUCUGGGACCUGGUGACUCCCGUGUGCAAGGACGGCUCUGGGCAGGGCCCUGUGUGACCCUCCGCCCUCCCUCUCAGGGACCCCAUCCCCAGCCCCCUUCCUGGGCCGUGCAUGGCACAGGGACACCCAGGGAGGGCGGUGUGCUCCUGGGAGCAGUCAUUAAACGUCUGUUGAAUGAA